GGAAAUAAAACCUCAUUCUAACUUCCGCUGCUGGUCUGGUGCAGCAGAACACUGCAUGCUGCACUGUCCCAGCUGGUUAAAGUUGGGGAUUGAUUUAUAUUGCAAGGUCAAAUAUGUGGUAAAAGCAGAGGCAGACAGCUGCCUCCAGCCACACCAGCCAUGGAGGGUCUCUACUUUGAAGUGAAGCCCAGGAGAGAUGAACCCCCUAGGCCAGGGAGAUCUGAGAAACCAUGUCCUAUUGUAACCUCAAACCACCACUCGUGUCCAUCAUUUUCACAUCUCACGUCUUCCACACCCUGUCCUCAGAAACUCACCUCUGCUAGGAGGAGGAUUGCAACAUGGGGGGGAAAGGUAGAGGAAGCACGAGAGGAGGAGGAGAAGGAGGAGGAGGUACAAUACAAACUGACAUUGAUCGGUUCUCUGCCGGUCCACCACCUGACCACCAUGGCCAUGCUGCCCUGGGUGGUGGCUGAGAUCAGCAAGUCUCAGCCUGCAGAGAAGGAACUGGGUGCUGGGUUGCGGUCUGGAAGUCCCGGAGGUGGACAGGUGGACCCCUUAACCUGCAGUCAGACAGUUUUUCUGUGUGUGUCAGCAUCAUGGGUGCAAUGUGCAUCCGUUGUGGGAGAGGGAGUUGUCUGGGACCCUCUGACACACACAGUACUGUUUGAAUGUCGUCCUCACCAGGUGACUAAGCUAAUUCACAACAGCCAGGAGCCCAACAGCUUCGGCUGCCUGGUCAGAGAUGCACCAAACUGUGCCUGCUAUGUCUUCCAGUGCCAGGAUAGCACCAAGGUUCCUGAGAUAAUCAGUACAUUGAGGCAGGCUGGCAAGAGCUCGGCACGCAACGAUGACAUCACCACCAUUUCCAACAAAACUUCCUCAGGAGGCAGCGAUCCCUCUGAAAAAUGUUUUUCUUCUCUCUCCACAACUGCACCCUCUGCUGCGGUGUCUCCGACAGCAUUUGCCAAGAAGUUCGAGGUGCUGUUUUGCGGCCGUGUGAGCGUUGCUGACAAGAAGGCCCCUCCUGCCCUGAUUGAUGAGUGCAUCGAGAAGUUUAGCCAGUCACAUGGCUCAGGGACGUGUGAUAAAGGGAGAAAUAGCGGGGGAUUGGUGGGUGGGCUGAGGAGGGCGUUAACCUUGCCACCCAAUGGGCUCGGGAGUGAUGGCAUUGGUAAUGGUGCUGCAGGUAGCCCGACCACUGGGAAGCGACCUGUCCUGUUUAAAAGAGACCCCAGCUUUCCCUGUCUGCAGGCCCUGGAUGAGAAUGGACUCUCACCAGAGAUCUCUCACACCAGCACUACUGAUGCACACGCCCACUCUGCUGGAGUACAGCCCACCAGCCUGAAGGAGAACAGGACCAUGCUGUUUACGGUGGGCCGGUCUCAGGUCUUCUUGGUUAGUCCAGACACUAAGAAAGUUGCCAUAGAAAAGAGUUUCAGGGAAAUAUCCUUCUGCUCACAGGGUAUUCGUCACGUGGAUCACUUUGGCUUUAUUUGCAGGGAGACCGUGGAAGGAGGGAGCUGCCACUUUGUCUGCUAUGUCUUCCAGUGCACUGACGAAUCACUGGUGGAUGAGAUCAUGCUGACUUUGAAGCAGGCGUUCUCUGUGGCAGCCCUGCUGCAGAAUGCAAAGACCCAGAGCCAGCAGUGUGACAGCUGCCCCAUGCAGCAGUUCCACAAACUGUGUGAGAGGAUUGAAGGUCUAUACCCAUCUAAAACCAAGCUGGAGCUUCAGAAACACUUGGCCACUCUGGAUAACCAGGAGCAAGCUUCGGUCUUUGAAAACACUAUGAGGGCUCGUCCUAAGAGCGACCAGGAGGAGAAUGAGUUGGUGAUGGCCUCCUUGAGGAACCUGUAUGAGGAGAAACAGAGGAGCCAUCAGCACACACUGCCUGGAGACAGCAAACAGGUGUGUGAGGAGGGAGCUCCGGCCCCAGUGGAGGCGCAGCAGCAGAGUAGCAGUCGACAGCGGCUUGAGCAGUUCAAGAGCCGAGCCAAGCGCUCUCUCACGGAGUCCCUGGAGGGGAUCUGGAAGGGGAGCAGCAAAGCCAGAGCUCAGAGGGACAACAGCGUAGGAAGUGACAGCGGCUCUUCCAUUUGUACAGUCAACAGCAGCCAGGACCAGCCUUGUCUAGAUGAUCCCUUGCCUGCCUCCUCCCAGCUGCGACCCACCAGCCCCCUCAGGUGCCACAACUCAACAGGAGACCUGAAGCACAUGGAUUCCUCUCUGCCCCUGUCGAUGUCCUCCUCCUCUUUACCUGAUGACGCUCAGCCGCAAGGCUUCCGCAAACGGGCCAGCACCUUCAGCCACCCUCCCUCCCUUUCCUCCGCAGAGGACUCGUCAGUGCAUAUACUAAUUCACACGCAACAGGACCCUACUGCAGCUACCAAGCCCAAGCUUGUACGGCACUACUCCGUCAGCACCGACAGUCCACACCAGAGCAAACAAUCCCAAAACGACUCCACCCUUCCUCCUGUUCCUCCCUGCCCUUUGUCUCUCUCUCCUCUCCUCCCUCAUCAUCCUUCCUCACCCUCUACUGGAGCCCGGCUCAAUAAAAGAAGUCCUCUCAGUGGUCUGCGUGCUCGUCUCCACUCCUCCUCCUCUGUCCCUAAUUUUCUGAAAUUUCAAUUUCUGGCCCCUGUCCAAGAGAACGAUUGUCCUGAGCGAAAGAGCAGUGAUGUAGCAGCUCUGUCCACAAGUGCAGCUUGUGGGGUAGGGGAAAGUCCUCUGCGCAGCCACCGCCACUCAUGGAGGCAACAGAUCUUCCUGAGGGUUGCUACACCUCAGAAGAACACAGAAACCAAUGAGCGGGGGGAUCCCUGUCUAGAGGGGGGUCGAGUGUGCGUGGGCCAGGUGGGAAUUGGAGGAAGUGGUGACUUGUCCAUAAGUGUGGUGCCUGAGGAGAGGACAAAGAGGAGCAAAGAGGAGCUGAGGGAGCUCUGGAGGAAGGCCAUCCUGCAGCAGAUCCUGCUGCAGAGGAUGGAGAUGGAGAACCAGAAACUACAGGCCUCGGAGAGCGAUCUUCAGAACAAGCGUCUGAAGCUGGACUACGAGGAAAUCACUCCGUGUCUGAAGGAGGUCACUCUGGUCUGGGAGAAGAUGCUGGGGACCCCCGGGAGGGCAAAAGUCAAAUUUGACAAAGAGACCAUACAUGCUGCUGUUGCACAAGGUGUGCCAAGGCAACAUCGAGGCGAGAUCUGGAAGUUUCUCUCUGAGCAGUACCUGCUCAGGCAGACGGUACCCUCCCGCCCCCCAACCAAUCACACUCCGUACAAAGAUCUGCUGAAACAGCUCACCUCGCAGCAGCAUGCCAUCCUCAUAGAUCUGGGUCGCACUUUUCCCACUCAUCCAUAUUUCCAAGCCCAGCUGGGGGCCGGACAGUUGUCUCUGUAUAAUUUACUGAAAGCCUACUCAUUGCUGGACCCUGAGGUGGGCUACUGCCAGGGCCUGUCCUUCAUUGCUGGAGUGCUGCUGUUACACAUGGGGGAGGAGGAUGCCUUCAACAUGCUCAAAUUUCUAAUGUAUGAUGUGGGACUCCGCAAACAGUACAGACCCGACAUGAUUAUCCUGCAGAUUCAGAUGUACCAGUUGUCGCGGCUGCUUCACGACUACCACAGGGAUCUUUACAGCCACCUGGAGCAGCAGGAGAUCGGGCCCAGCUUAUACGCCACCCCCUGGUUUCUCACCGCCUUCGCCUCGCACUUCCCCCUCGGCUUCGUGGCCAGAGUCUUUGAUAUGUUGUUCCUGCAGGGAUCCGAGGUCAUCUUUAAGGUGGCCUUAAGCCUGCUGGGGAGCCACAAGCCUUUGAUCCUGCAGCAUGAGCACCUGGAGUCCAUAGUGGACUUCAUCAAGACCACACUGCCUAACCUGGGCCUGGUGCAGAUGGAGAAAACCAUCAACCAGGUUUGUGAGAUGGACGUGUCCAAGCAGCUCCAGGCCUAUGAGGUAGAGUACCAUGUGUUGCAGGAUGAGCUGCUGGACACGCCCCCGUCCCUCAACCAACACCAGCGAACUGCACAGUUGGAGAGGACCAAUCAGAGCCUCCGACAGCAGAACCUCGACCUGCUUGAGGAGCUGCAGGUGUCACAUGCUCGCGUCUGCAGCUUGGAGAGCCGAGUGGAGGCUUUUGCCCAGUCAGAGGGCCGGCUGAGGCAGCAGGUUUCUGCACUGGAGGAGGAGAAGAAGCAGCUAGUGAGCACCGUCACACGCCUCCAGGACCUCCUCACCAGACUCGGAAUACACACCACCCUUGAUGGACACAUACUCCCCCAGCCUCUGAAAGACAUACAGCAAAUGUGGAAGACAGAGAGGGACCGGCGAACAGGACUGUGGACUCCCUUCCCCACCCUUUGGAUCUUCCAGAGGGUUCAUAACUGCACCUAAUAAUCCUCCAAAUGGUAAGGUCGACCAGUGGAGGUUGUGGAAGGCCCGGGAAGAGAAAGUCAAACGAGACGUUAAGACGACUCCCUACCUCGACCUUUAUCCUCUUCCCAGCUCCAGAAUGUGUAAAUAGAAAGAUGAAAUACUGAGGUAGUUGGACCCAAAAUAGAGGAUGGAAAUAGAACAAAAAUGGGGCUGAGGUUAAAAAAGAAAUAAAAAUUAACAAAAUAUAAAUGGACAUGUGAUUUGGCCAACAAUCCCCAAAGACAGCACUGUCCAGGUCUCUACUGUAAACAGUUACAUUUGCACCUGUACUUGUAUGUUUGUGUCUUUUGAAUGUCAGUGUUUUAUUCUCGUGCAAGGUUUGUUUAACUGUGUCUGAUGCAACAGGGCAAAAAAAAAAAAAGCCAAAGAAGGUCCUUAUAAAUAUCGAACAAGCUCAAACAAAGAACAUGUUAUUGACCACACUCACAUAACAAGAAAGUAAUACAAAGAUGAAACAUUUCCAAAGAAAAAGUAAGAUGAGUGAAGUGUGACAAGAAAGUGUGAUGAAGGGACGGGUGAAGAAAUUCACAUCACGACAAAGUGUUUAUUUUUUGUUUGUUUGUUUUUCUCUUAUAAAAGAUGAAUAUUGACAUAAGCUAAAUUAUGUUAGAUCUUGGAUGGUGGUGCUCGUAUUCAUAGGUCAACGGUGAACUAUUUUUGAUUUCUCCUUCGUAUUUCUAGUCUUCCACGCUUUUGUUCCCUGAUCCAGUACGUUUUCAACUUCAGUUAGUUAGCAGUAGCUCACAGGAAGCGUAACACAAAAGAUCCAGUCCAUUUCACUUCCUGUUUUUUCACCUUUUGAAUACACGUCGACCCAUCUGUGUAGAAAGGGCAAAUAGAUGCCGUUUCAGCAGAAAAGUUCAAAACAGUAGCUGUACAGUUCAGACUAUCCCAGAUCAAUUAUUUUAAAUUACUGCACAACACACAUAUGCCUAGAACUUCAAAUAGGUAACCUCUGCUGUUGAGACAAUCUGUCAUCUGCGAGUCAUUUACUGUAUUCAACACACUGAAUUCCUUCAACCCGAGCUGCAGCUUGGUGUGCAUGUAUGCGAGUGUCUCGGUGUGUUACUGUACACUUCACUGGUGGCUACAAAUCUGUUGAUUUACACUGUAAAGAUAACUUGCUUUUACUCCUGACUCUCCUUGCACAUGUGUUCUGUUUUAAUUGAUUAUUAUUAUUCUGUACUUUAAAAUACAUUUCAUAUCCUUUCAGCACAUCUGAAGCCUGGCUUUGUUUGGUGUUAUUCCUGUAUACAGUAUGAACUAACAUGUGACAGACUGUUAAAGGUGUUGUAAAUUGUACCUCCUUCUGUCUAAACAUGCCAUUCACUUUGAGUGCCACGGGCUUGAUAUAAGGUUUCAAGCAUAUGGAAAUGUACUGUACACAGUAUUUAAAAGACAGACAUGCAUUUAUUUUCAGGAACAACUCCUGAGGUUGACGAAAAGGCAUGUCGGGGCAAGUUGUGGCUCAUGUAGAGCACAUGUACACAACAGAAAAAGCAACAACCAGAAGCAGAACCCCAGCCAAGAAAAAUCAUAAAAAUGCACAAAAAAACCUGAGAAUUUGGCAUAAUGGGAUUUUGUUUUAGUAACUUAAGCCACAUUAAACAUAUACUAAUCAUAAUAACAUAACCAUGUACAUGUACACUCCACUGCCAAAUGCUCUGUUUUUUCCAGGUGAUCGUGUCUUUUUGUUUUGUCGCAAAGGCAAAAUUUCCACACAGUUGCUGUAAGAGGUGAACGAGAGAAAUGAGGUUGAAGCCGCUGUAUUGGCCAAUUUCCACCCUGCCUGUCUUUAAGUAAUACACUUCCUGUGUCCCAAUGCCGCAUAGUGUUUUAGCAGAUAGUGUAUAAGAAAUCAACAUACCUAAAGCUGCUCUAAUCAAUAUUUUUAUGUUAACAAUGGAUUAAAUUAGUGACAAAUUAAUAAUAUUGUUGCUACUUGAUUGCUGUAUGUGUCAAAAAAAACAUCAAUCGUGUGACUUCCAAUCGAAGAAAAAGCAAAAUGUCUUUCUAAAGAUGUAAAAAUGUAUUUUAAUGUUUUGCAGGUGCGAAUGUGUUGUUUAGUAUGCACUCGACUGUUUUAAGUGUUCUCAAUUUUGUAAUUUUUCAGUGUGAACACACUACAGUAAACCUGCUCAUAAGUUA